UCGCACUUAUCGUACUGCUCGUUGUGCUAGCAGUCAAAGCGAGAAGAGCAAGAAAACGGCACAAGGUGAUGCUGCAAGACAAAGAUCGCGAGUUGGUAGAGAUGACAAACAGUUUCAACAUUGACUCGAGAGAAGUGAGAUUGCGUGUACGUAUUGACAAAAGCGCUCCCGGCGGAUUCGGAGAAGUUUACAGAGCAGAGUACAGAGAAAUGACGGUGGCCGUCAAGAAGCUACAAGGAAUACAUCAACAUCUCGAUCGCAUCGCCUUGGAGUUCGAGAGAGAGAUCGAAAUGAUGAGAACGAUCAGACAUCCCAACAUUGUUCUGUUUCUCGGUGGAGGUCGUUUCCAUGACGACGGCUGUCCGUUCCUAGUUGUGGAGUACAUGUCUAGAGGAUCGAUGACGACCAUUCUUGCCGACAGAGACAUAAAGCUGGAAGAAAGUCUCAAGAUGAGAUUUGCAGUAGAUGCUGCCAAAGGAAUGAGAUUCUUGCACAGUCAACGACCACCUCGCAUUCAUCGUGACCUCAAGAGUGCCAAUUUGCUCGUCAGCACUAAAUGGGUUGUCAAAGUGGCCGAUUUUGGAGCCGCUCGACUCGUCCGAAACGAGGGAAUCAGUCAGGAAGCUGUAAGAGGAGCGGGACCGCUCGAUAUGACCGCUCCGCUUCUUCAUGCAGACUAUCACUUAUCGUCAGGAGUCGGAACACCAAAGUGGAGCGCUCCGGAGAUACUGAGCGGUCACAGUUACGGAACACCCGCGGACAUUUACAGUUUCGGCAUUGUGAUGUGGGAGAUUAGGGUACGAAAACUUCCUUAUGACGACCGUUCGUUUAGCUCCAUUCUUGACUUGAAAGCUGCUGUUUUGGGUGGAAUGAGACCGACCGUAUCAGAUCACAACGACGACGACUACGUCAAACUGAUGUGUGACUGUUGGGCAGAAAGCUCACUAAAAAGACCUACGUUUUGUCAAGUCGUCGCUAGUCUGGAAGAUAUGAGCGAUUUGUGUUUUCUUUAGCUCCAUAUAGAAACAGUUUGUGUUUUAGGACUUAGGAACACGCAUGAUGUAUACUUAAGUGUUCAAAGUAGAUGAAAUGAUUUGUGAUCGUGUUUUUGAUCCACUGUUCUCGAGCAAACAGA